UUGCCAUCGCUUGGCCUCACCAGCUUAGAUGUCUUCUUCCGAUGGCUGUUUGACAAGACCCUGGAUGGUCCCUUCAGGCUGGAGUGUGUAUUUCUUCCUGACCAGGGGGCUUUCUUUGUCAACUACGUUAUCGCCUCUGCCUUUAUCGGGAAUGGGCUGGAGUUGAUGAGGCUUCCAGGACUGAUAUUGUACACCAUACGCAUGAUUAUGGCCAAGUCUGCUGCUGAAAGGCAGAAUAUUAAACAGCACCAGGCUUAUGAAUUUCAGUUCGGAGCGAUGUACGCUGGGAUGCUUUGUGUUUUCACAGUCAUCAUGGCUUACAGCAUCACAUGCCCCAUUAUUAUGCCUUUUGGUCUAAUCUACAUGCUGCUUAAACAUCUGGUGGACCGGUACAAUCUGUUCUAUGCUUAUCUGCCCACCAAACUGGACAGGAAGAUCCACUUCUCGGCUGUCAACCAGUCCCUGGCUGCCCCCAUAUUGUGUCUCAUGUGGCUGUUUUUCUUCUCUCUCCUGCGGAUGGGUUUGAAAGCCCCUACUCUGUUCACACUCGUCAUCCUCCUCCUGACCAUUCUGGUGUCCCUCUUAUAUGCUUGUUUUGGCUGCUUCAAACAUCUCAGCCCACACAAUUACAAGAUCGUGGAAUCACAGAUCGGCACAGAGGCCCGGAAGGAAGAUGAGGACAUUCGCCGGAGGUCACCUAUGUAUGUCCCUGGUGUAUUACUUUCUGUGGAUAUGGAUAAGGAGUCCCACCGAAACUAUGGAACCAUGGAAGAGUCAUCGGCACCCGUCUCUACGGAUGACCAGCAACCAUUUUUUGCUGAAUAA